AUGUCAAAAGUAAUUUCGGGCAACUCACGUAUCGGAAUCAAGAGUUUAUCUAAUUUAACGGCAUUGAGCCAGAACGGUUCAGUUUCACCUCACACUCGCGGAUAUCUUCGCCAAAAACAGUCGUCUUGCGCAAAGGACAGCUCGGAGGAUGCCCAGUCGGACGACGAAGCACCAGAUUCGGUUGACCGAGAAGAAGACAGCGAAAGCUGCAUCUUUUCUGAAGAAUCCUCGUCCGACAAUAGUCUAUCCGAGAGUGAGGAUGAGUCUGACUGCGCUCCAGACCUGACAAAUGCCGAUAAGGCCGCAGAAGAAGAGAUAAAGACAGUUGCGACAUCUAUACGUAAAGUGCGCGGCCGCGGUGCUGUAGGCGGAGGAAUGUACUCCGAUCUUAUCGUGGAUCGUAACUCUCAGACUUUCAAACGAAGCCAUACGCAGUCGUCCAAGAAGUUGCCUUCCUCGCAGGAUCACGUUGCCAGCAGGCAUGGUCGAGCAAGGGACAGGAAGGGCCGACAUUCGACCACCGACCACGAAGAAGAUGUGUUCCGGCGCAACCAUCCUGCGAAUCCACACCUGUAUGAUCCUCGAAGCACGGUAACGAAGCUCAACCGACCUAUCGAAGGUGUCACCGAGAGCAAGAUCAGUCGUAACGGUAAUGGUUCCCGACCUGAAGAGGACACAACCCGGCGUAGCGUGCUUAAGCGCUCUGAGCGUGAUCGCCCGCUCGAUCAUCGGAAUGUGGAAUCUGGUGUGGCCUCGCCGCAUUCUUUUGAGCUAUUCUCUAAAAAGGGCGAGAAUGGGAAAGCGAACCAAGGAGCGUUGGGCCCGCGUCGGCCCGGUCGCCGGUCAGAAGACCCGCAAGUUAGCGUGGUGCAGGAACUAGAGAGGCUUCAGUUACGGGAUGAAGCCCCAUAUUUCUUUGAUCAACUCAAACAGAUGUACAAGUCAAUAUGCAAAAUUGAAGAAACUCUCGCCAACGAAAAAAAGUCCGUGAUGGUUACCCGGUCUGAUUAUCAGACAGAAAGUAUCCGUAAGCGGACAGCAACUCGGCUGAGUCUGGGUAAGCUGUACGCUGACAUCAUUGGCAGUGAUUAUAACCUUGGAAUCAAAUACGAUUUGGAGACACGGCUAUGGCGAAACAGCGUGUAUAGCUGUAUAGAGAGCUUACGUGCCAAUGUUACAGCCGAGAGCGGAAAAUUAAGCCCGCCUGUCCAUGCCGCUUGGAUCGAUUUUAUUGUUGGGGCGCAAGUGCUUUACAGACUCUUGAUUGGUAGAUUGAAGCGUCACCGGACAAAGACAGAAUCGUCCUCGCCAAUUUGGCACCGCAGCUUGAAUUGUCUUGCAGACUUAGCACGCUACAACACCUUGUAUCUGUAUGAGAAACCCUCUGCAGUACAAAGUGAUAAGGACUGGUCUGUCACGAAGAGACUCUAUAAGGAAGCCGCACUUCUGUGUCCCCAUAAUGGCCUUUACUACAACCAACUUGCGAUUACGUCAAUGUAUGAGGAGCGUCACCUAGAAGCGCUUCAUUACUACCUUCGCAGUCUGACUGUGAGGUCCCCAUUUGCAAACGCGCGCGAUUCCCUGACAUUUUUAUUUGAAUCCAACCGGAAAUGUAUCGAAAUCGCGGACGGUCGGCCUACUGCCGCUGUGAAUAGCGUGAAAACUCUCUCCAGGUCACGCAAGACUUCAGAUAACAUUUGUAUCUCCGGGGACAGAAAGCCGAUUGCGAUUAUGCUCAACCUCUUUGUGAGAUUACACGAGAUCUUUUAUAGUAAGAUAAGCACGGAGCGGUUCACUGAAUAUUUCGCUAUGUUUGCGGCACAUUUGAACAACGUAUCAUCAAUGUUGCGUAUACCUUCAGACGAAAACUUCAGUGUGUGGUUUCGACUUGCGGCCGUAAAUGCUUCAAUGUCGUACCUCUCCAAGAUCAAUCCUGCGAUGGAAAAAGACGGGGGUCUGGACCAAAUCCGAGAGAAUUUAAUUUCAACAAGCAUUCAUAUUCUGGAUGUGGCUGUGAAGGAGGAAAUUAAUGCCCUGCACACUGAAUAUGACAAUGCGGAGCUCCGUCAAGAAGUUCCCGUGACAGCAGGUCUCCUAUACAUUGAGGUGACAAUCCUUUGGUUGAUCAACACAGCAUCGGUAUGGGUACCGUACAUCACUGUACAGAAGUAUAGCAGAUUCUGGUCCUCUAUGGCGAUUCUCUGCAAUAGUCUUGCAAGGGCCUUGAACGAAGAAGUCAGGAACCCGUUAUCCGUAUCAGAGAUAAUAAGCUCUCGGCUUUUGCCAGAGGACUGGGAGUUGCGAGGAUCGCUACCAUUCAAGGAGAGCCAUAACAAGAUACCGGGGUUUGACGCUGUUAUGACCCAAGGCGCGGUCGAAAUAGACCGCUUUGUUGCUGAGCACGUUGAUGUCGCGGGAAACGUUCAGUUCCAACAAGCAGGCCAGCAGCACGCCAGUGUGCGCUCACUUCGGAUCCUUGUGUUGGCCCGAAUUCUUGCUGAGAAAGUUCCGGUGUUCUACUAUGACCCAGAACAGAAGAGCUUCUCCUACAGAAAACAGACACUUGAUAUGGUCGAAUCGGUGGCCCCAGAAUUAGCAAAGUCGGACGACAAUGUCCAGGAAGAGGAGGAGGAGGAGGAGGUUGACUAUGAACCGUAUCCUUUCGAGACGCAAAAUGGCGUAGAAUCGGACGCCGUGGAAGUUGAUCACACAGUGCAGCAUCUAAAGGCGCUUCGUCAAAAGCUUCAUGGCACGCUCACUUCACAACAGCGCACGAUGGCACCUACUCAACUGCGUGACAAGAGAACGACUUCUGUCAGAGUCGUCCCCGGAGAGACAGUCAUUGUGUUUGACACAAAUAUAUUCCUGCAUCGUUUGCAAGAAGUAAAACACGUUAUUGAGUCCGGUGACUGGAUAGUGAGCAUCCCGUUAGUCGUGGUUACGGAGCUUGACGGAUUGAAAAUCAGCGAUGAUGAAAAGGGACUCCAAGCUCUACAUGCUGUCCAGUACUUGGAAGAGGAAUUUGGAGAUGGCACGAGUUCUACCGGUGGUCGGCGACGGAAGCCUUGGCUAAAGUUGCAAACUAGUCAAGGGAAUUUCCUUUUUGAUCUUAGAGUUCGCACAGAAAACUGGGCAACUCGGAGCACAGCAGAUGAGAGAAGAAAGAACAACGAUGAUGUGAUCUUGAAGUGCUGUCAAUAUCACAAGGACAAUCAAAAGGAUGGAACUGCGAGUCCCGUUGUUUUGGUUACGGACGACGUGAAUAUGAAGCUUAAAGCUCGUACCAUGGGCAUCGAGGUGGUUGAUAAGGUACCUCGGACACCUCGCACUGGAAAGACGUCAGUGGAGCACAAGGGCCGAAAAAGCUAG